AGACAUACAACAUUCCUCACAGUGAUGCAGCUGGACAGAUGACAAGAUGCACUGACAGGUGUAAUCAGUUUGGCCAGUAACUUUGUGGUCCUAGGGAUGUUUGUGAAGUUCAAGGAGCUGCGGACCUCCACCAACACCAUCAUUAUUAACCUGGCCUUCACAGACAUUGGGGUGGCUGGCAUUGGCUAUCCUAUGUCUGCUGCGUCUGACCUGCACGGCAGCUGGAAGUUCGGCUACACCGGCUGCCAGAUCUAUGCGGCUCUCAACAUCUUCUUUGGGAUGGCAAGCAUAGGGCUUCUAACAGUGGUUGCCAUCGACCGUUACCUCACAAUUUGCAGGCCUGAUAUAGGUCAAAAGUUGAGUAAGCGCUGGUACAGGACGAUGAUCUUGGCAGCGUGGCUGAAUGCAGUGUUCUGGUCCUCCAUGCCAGUAAUCGGCUGGGCCGGAUAUGCUCCUGAUCCCACCGGAGCCACAUGCACCAUCAACUGGAGGAAGAACGAUGCGUCGUUUGUGUCCUACACCAUGUGUGUGAUCCUGGUGAACUUCCUCAUUCCCCUCUCCAUCAUGUUCUACUGCUACUACCACGUCUCUGUUACCGUCAAGAGAUACAAGGCCAGCAACUGUCUGGACAACGUCAACGUGGAUUGGUCCGACCAGAUGGACGUCACUAAGAUGUCCAUUUUGAUGAUCCUGAUGUUCCUGGUGGCCUGGUCACCAUACUCUAUAGUGUGUUUGUGGGCGUCAUUUGGAGACCCGCGGAAAAUCCCAGCCCCUAUGGCUAUCAUUGGCCCUCUCUUUGCCAAAUCCUCCACAUUCUAUAAUCCUUGCAUUUACGUCAUUGCCAAUAAGAAAUUCAGAAGAGCCAUCGCUGGAAUGCUUCAAUGCCAGACCCGACAACGAAUCACAAUCAGCAGCAGCCAGGUUCCCAUGACAAUUUCUCAGCUGCCACUCAACCAGUAAAGGUCACACAUCUCUGAGGGAAUGGUAACAUCUAGCAUCCCAUAAUAAUCCUCUGUGGAGCGCUGGUCGUUACAGAGAUAAGCUUCUUUUUGUCUGAACGUCUUCAUUAUCCACCUGUAAAGGUGAAGUGUGCCCAUAAGUUUUUCUGUAAAUGAGUGAUAUUGUCUGCUUUUUUUCUUUCGUUUUUACUUUUAUGUCUUGUUCUGUUUGUCACGUUAUCAAAAACAGAAUAUUUAAGUCACCUUCACAUUCUACCAAUUUAGGUUGAAUUAUUAAAAAGCUCUAUGCUUUAUCUUCAACGCCAAUUUGACCACCUAAAGGUCUCCCUCAAAAUUAAUUUUGUUCAUGUUCUAAAAUAUUACCUUGAAUUGUCAUGUUUACAGUGGUGUGGUAUUUUAAUUUAAGACCAAAUGUCUUUAAAAUGUGCUGAAGACCUGAAUAAAGGAUGUUCUAAAUAACAUUAUAGGUGGAAAAACAUGCUUCAGUAUCUUUCAGUGUCUGAUGGGAAAU